AGAGAGAAUUCUUGCAUACUCACCGAUCUCUGCCUUAUGUGACCCGGUGCUUUUCGUUGAACAGAACCUCCCAAGAACAACGAUGGCGAAGACGAAGAUAAAUAAUCGCCAGCGCGAUACGACAGAGAACCGAGUGGACCACGAGCCGAGAUCUCCAUGCGGUAUAAAUCGUCGACGACCGAUUAAAUGGGAUCUCCGACAGGAGCAUCUGUUUCUAGCAGUGGCGCUCGAGAUGAGUCCAUUGAAGCCCGACUUCAGGGCCGUCGCAGAAGAAUUGGGGACUAGUAUCGUUUCAGCGGAUACACUUCGAAAGAAAUUGCCUGAGAUUUAUAAACGUGCAAGAGCAGUGCUGGAUGAGAGACGGCAAACCAGUGAACGGUUCAUCCCCGACGAUCUUGAGGAAGGUUCAGGAGAGGAAUCAGAGGAAGAGAGUGACAUGUGCUCUGAAUCGUCGUCUCCAGCUCCUGCUACACCACAAUCGAGAAAGCGGACAUACCAGAGAACAUACGGAAACAAGAAUAGACAAAAACGCUCUCGCCAGGACCAUCGAUCUGCCCGCGCUGCCAGAUACGAUACACCAGGAAGGACCUCGCCGAACAAUAGUACUGCAAGCCCAGGUACUGAGACAAGUAACGGGGCAUAUUCACCACCUGAAACCGGGAGAUUCAAAUCGGUGCAGAUUCCCACUCCCUUCUCAAACAGGACUCAAGCCGAUCAGCGCGGUCGCAGUCCCGCUAAUCGAAGGGGUGCAAGCAAAUCGAUUAGAAGGAAAUCACGGCCACGACCACAACCUCGAAAACAAGGACGUGGAGAUCAAUAUUCAUCCCCAAGCCGAUAAUCGAAACCUCAGACUAAGAAUGACGAGGGUAAGCCGCACACGAGGGGUGAGAUGCAGGGGAAUAAUAUCAGAUACAAAGUCAACAUGGACAUGUCCUCCAGCACUUGACAUAUGUGUACUUUAUCUGUUGCCCAUGGUGGCUUCGGGCGUUUCUAGAUAGG